AUGCCGCAGGUCAUUGGCAAGGAAGUCGGUCCCAUUGGGUACGGUCUCAUGGGCUUCACCUGGCGCCCUGAACCGACGCCCACUGAUCAGGCCAUCGAGGCGCUCAAGGCGGCUUUGGAGAGCGGCCUCACCCUGUGGAACGGUGCCGAGUUCUACGGUACUCCCGACUGCAACUCCAUGACCUUGAUGAGGGCGUACUUUACUAAAUAUCCCGAGGAUGCCGACAAAGUCACCCUCGUUGUCAAGGGGGGCAUGGAUCUCGCCACGCACAGGCUGGACGGUAGCCCCGAGGGCACUCGUCGCAGUCUGGAUAACAUUAUCAAGCAGCUCGGCGGGACGAAGAAGCUCGACGGGUUUGCUCCUUCACGACGCGACCACAACACGCCGCUUGAAGUCACCUAUGGAGUCAUCCAGAAGGAGUACAUUGACACUGGCAAGCUGGGGGCCGUCUACUUGUCAGAGUGCAGAGCUGAGACUGUUCACGAAGCGGCCAAGCUUGCCAGGAUUGGCGCCGCCGAGGUUGAACUGAGCAUGUUCAGCCCAGAUAUUCUUACCAACGGCGUCGCCAAAGCUUGCGCUCAGCAUGACAUUCCGAUCUUGGCCUACUCGCCCAUGGGCAGGGGGAUCCUUACCGGUCGAUUCAAGACUGUUGCAGACGUCCAGGAUCGCGGCGUCAUAUCCAGCUUUCCGCGCUUCCAGCCCGGCGCAUUCGAGCACAACCUCCAGCUUGUCGAUCAGGUCGAGGGCAUUGCAAAGGCAAAGGGGUGCACACCCGGCCAGCUGGCUAUCGCGUGGGUGCGCAAGCACAGCAACCGCCCCGGGCUGCCUACCAUCAUUCCCAUCCCUGGAGCUACCGCCGCCUCGAGAGUCAGGGAAAAUGCAAAGCUGGUGGACAUUACCGAGGAGGAAUUCGCCACCAUGAGCAACUUGGUCGAGAACUUUGAGACCGCGGGAAAGAGAUAUCCGGAUCACAUCCCUACCAACACCUGA